AUGGUAUCGACAUUAAAUGAACGCGAUAUCGUUAUGGCGAUGGAGGCGAUGGAGGCAAUGGCUAAAGAUAAAAAUUUAAGCCUCUGGAAAGCUGCCAAGAUUUACAAUAUUACUCAUACGACACUCAUGCGUAAAAUGAAAGGGAUCACUCCUGCCUCCGAAUAUCAUCAAAAACAGCAUAAAAUUACUAAAAUUGAAGAGGAGGUUAUUAUUCAGCAUAUAAUCGAUAUGGAUGAGCGAGGAUUUAGUCCUAAAUUCAUAAGUGUUGAAAGUAUAGCGAAUCACAUUCUUGAAUCGAGGGGUGGAAAGUGUAUUGAUAAACAAUAG